CUACUGUUUUCCACCACGCGCAGAGGAAAACGUCAAACCGACGCCAAAACAAACUCGCGCAGUGUGAAAAGUUACAGUUUUUCGCCCAUUUUCACCGGAAUUUCACGUUCCGGCCGGUCGUGUCCACCCGCGGAACGUUCCCCAGCAACGCGUCGCGAUGCUGUACCUGGAGGAUUACCUGGAAAUGAUCGAGCACCUGCCGCAGGAGCUGCGCGAUCGCUUCACCGAGAUGCGCGAGAUGGACCUGUCCGUGCAGAACAACAUGGACUCGCUGGACAAGCGCGUGCGCACCCUGUUCCAGCAGUGCCGGCGCGGCGAGCUGCAGGGCCCGUCGGCCGACUCGGAGUUUUACGGCAUCCGGAAGGAUUACUACCGGGUGCUGGAGGACUCGGACGAGAAGGUGCAACUGGCGGGGCAGAUGUACGACCUGGUUGAUCGGUACUUGCGCCGGCUGGACAGCGAGCUGUACAAGUUCAAGUGCGAGCUGGAGGCGGACCACAACGGGAUUACGGAGAUACUGGAGAAGCGGUCGCUGGAGCUGGACAGUUCGACGAGUAACGGGGGGUUGAACCAGAAGGAGAAUCGGUACUUUGACACGUUGAUGGGAGGGAUUAGUGGGGUUGGAGGGGGAGGUGGGGGAGGGGGUGGUCAGUCUGGGUCUGGGCGGGUGUCGGACAGUCGGUACAAGAUGAAGCCGGAAAAGCGUCGGGAUGGGCCGUCGAACUCGUCCUCGAACUCGAUGGGUGGUCCUCCGCCGGAGAAGAGGCAGGCGGUUGCGGUGGCCGCAGCGAUUGGUGCGGCUGCGGCGGCGGUUCGUCCGACUACGCCGAAUGUGGUGGGCGGGGGUGCGGCUGGAGCGUACCACAUGCUGACUGGGACGGGUUCUUCGUCGGUUUCGGUUGGUCCGGCGUCGGCGUCUUCUUCCACGCCGAACACGGCGCCGGUGACCUACAACAUUCAGCAGUUUAACGCUGGGAAUGCAAUUGCGGCCGCGGCCAGCCAGGCCAUCGCCCAGACGCAGCAGAUGCAGCAGGGACGUCGUACGGCGAGCUUGAAAGCUAGUUAUGAGGCGAUUCACGGAGCGGCGGCGGCCGGAGCCGGGCCCCACGAGUUGCUCAUCAAUCGUGAACUGGCCGGCGCCACGCACAAUGCCCUGGUGGCGGUCGAGCGGGAGACCAGCAACGCGUUCUCGAAUCAACAGCGCCGCCAGCACAAGAAGAAGCUGACGGCCAAUACUUCGGUGGGGGCGGCAGCAACCACAACACUGUUACAAGCACAUCACCACCAGAAGCAACAACAACAACAGCAGCAGCAGCAGCUUAACCUGGCCACCGUUUCCUCUUCUUCUUCCUCUUCCGCCUCUGCUCUAGACCUGCUCGAACCGACCACGAUUCCGGGCGUCCUGGCGGGUGGCUCCAGCGUAGCUUCUUCGGCUGCGGCGGCAGCAGCAGCGGCCAUCGCCGGAUCUUCAUCGAAUCCCCCGGGUCCCAGUGGGGUUGGACCAAGCGGUCCCGCCGGCCACGGACGGACACAACCGCACGGACCGUCCGGCGGUGUGGUGUUGAACGAGAACGGCAUGGUCGUGGAGCAGACGCCGGAGGGCGAGUGGACGUACGAUCCGAACGAGCCGCGGUACUGCAUCUGCAAUCAGGUCUCGUACGGGGACAUGGUCGCGUGUGAUAAUGAGGAUUGCCCCUUCGAGUGGUUCCACUAUCCGUGCGUCAACAUUACGUCCUCGCCGAAGGGCAAGUGGUACUGCCCGCAGUGUAGCAGCUCGAUGAAGAGGCGUGCCUCGCGGAAGAAUUAGGCGGAAAUAACAUAAAACUUACAUGAAUGAAAUAAACAAACUUGAAAAUUGAAAAUCUCAAUAAAAAUUACCUUUUCUGUCGCAGUA